AUGAAGUCGGAUUUGGAGUUGAAGCAUGUUUCUGAAUCAGAAAAAUCAGAUAUAUAUUUAGAACUGAAGCAUUCUGAAGAAGCAUAUUUUGAAACAUUUUUGAAAGACAAUUCUGAAUUGAGGGAAGUAAAUCAAAAUUCUGAAGCAAGACAAUUGAAGAAGAAAGAGAUGAAGGAGAUUUCAACAAAGGAAGAAUAUGAUUCAAAUAAAAAUGUAAUAAGAACGGAGAGUUCGUUAGAGGUAUCUGAGAAUAAGAAGGCAACUAAAAUAGAGGAGCAAGAAGCAAUUAGAACAAACUAUGAAACAAAUAAAAAAGAAGCAACUGUGAAAGGUAAAUUAGAAAUAAUUAAUAUUGCUUGUUCUGAAGCAAGGAGAGAAGAAUUAAUUAAAUCAGAAGCAAAACUCGAAGUUCAAGAAGCAAAGUUUCAAAAGGAUAAAGCUGAAGCAAAACUUGACGAAGAAGUACUGCUUCAGAAGAACGAAGCUGAGGAAAAAUUCGAAGCUCUACUACUUCAUAAGAACGAAGCUGAAGCAAAAUUCAAUAUCCAAGAAGCAAAGUUUCGGAAUAAUGAAUCUGAAGCAAAACUCGAUAUUCAAGAAGCAAAGCUUUUGAAGAAUGAAUCUGAAGCAAGAUUCGAUGUUCAAGAUUUACAAUCAACGGAAUUAGAAUCCGAAAUUAAUAGACCAAUAAAUUAUUCUAAAAAAUUCGAAAAGCAACAUGAGAACCUAGCAGAUAGCAACACUUUAGUUAAACAAAUAAUACACCAACUCAGAGACAACCAUGAAACUGAGGAUAAAGAGUCAAUAAAUUCCUCUCAAUUAUCUACUAACAAUUUUAGCCCAUCCUCACUUACAAAUUUAUCAGAAACAUUCCAAAAGUCUCUAACUGAAGAUGAAGCAAUCGAAGUAUUUUUAUUAUCAAGACAUUUUGAAUAUGACUGUGCUAAACCUUUAAAAGUGCUUCCACCCCCGAACGUUACAAUUUUCGAAUUUGAUGAGAAAAAAAUGAAAAGGAGAAUUGAAGCAAUAGAAGCAUGCCCAUUAAAGAAGUCUGUUCGUUUUAAUAUUGAAGAAUCAAAAGAAUUUUGUUUUUCCCCUUUUAAUUGCUCUUCCGAGGAGGAGGAAGAAGCUGAUGAGGAGAGAGAGGAAGACCCUUCAUUAAUUUCUCCUCCCAAAUUUUUAACAAAGGAAAGGGGAAUAGUAGCAGAAUUAAAUAAAAGGCUAUUUGUUCAUUUGGAACUUGUCUCAGUUGUAGAGCCUAAGAUGUCAAUUUAUCACAACGAUAUGCAUCUAGGUGAUGACCCUUCCAAGUGCCGAUUUCUUGUUGAUAAAAAUGGAGAUUGUUGGGAAAUUAUGUUAAUAUUCCCCAACUUUGAUAUUGAACUUGUUGGAGAUUAUGUUUUUAUUGCUAGUAAUGAAGGAGGAUUUGAUAAAUCAAAAAUUACAUUGAAGUUGAAGGAAGCCGAAGAAAUGACUUCAAAUUUAGAUGUUUUGCAAAAAGAAGAGGAAAAAACAACACCAAAAACAACACCAAAAACAUCAACAAACACCAACAAAACAUUAAAACAAAUUAAAAUUACAACAAAUGAUGUUGAAACAACACAAAAUUCCCCUUCUCAAAACUUCAACAAAACCCCAAAAAUAAUUGAAAAACCACCAGAAAAUUUAAAAUUAAAUUUAAUUGGAAAAGAAUGUUUAAAUUUUGUAAUUGAAGGAGAUCCUUUGCCUCAUAUAGAAAUGUGGAUAGAGAAACAAAGUGGAACAUGUAAAAUAAUUGAGCCUUGGAGAAAAUUUAAACUUGAACGAUUACAACAAAACAAACUUGGCGUAACUCUCUUACAAAAAAGUUUAAAACUCAUACAAGUUGGGGAUAUUAUUGUUCUUCAAGCAAUUAAUGUUUUUGGUGAAAUAAUUACAAAACAUGUUGUUUUGAAUGUUUUGUCUAAUGUUUUAUCCAAUGUUUCUUUGUUAAACAAAAAAGUUUUUGUUAAAGAACAACCAAAAAUCCAACAAGAAGAAACUGCUCCCGAUUCUCCCAAAAUUCCAGGAGAAAAAAGGGAUGAAGAAAAGAAGAAAAAGAAGAUUCCUAGCGCUUUGUUUAUACCAAAGGCAAGAUUUAAAAAAAUUUUUAUUCUCUUCAAUUUUUGUUUUUAG